AUGGCUCUCCACGCGCGUGGGCUUGGUCUUGGUCUUGGUUUUGCUCUUGGGUCUUGGUCCGGUUUUCCGGCUUCUACACGUAGUCUCCAAAGAGCGUCUUCGUCUCUUCUUAGAUACUCAUACCCACUUCUCAUUUCCUCCAGGUCUCUUCCGCAAAGCCAAGAACUUGCUUAUACAACGUCUACAUUCUUGCUACCGACCAUCUCAACGGUUUCAAGGCCCAUAUGUAGAAGAAACUUCAGCCAUGGGACGGUGAACCUAGUGAUAUCAGAAGGGGAACCCAAGUUCAAAACCCGGGAGCUUGAUCCUCCCAAUAAAUGGAAGUGGCUGACUAAAAAGAGGCUGAAGCUGAAAAGAAAGAAAGAACAAGAGAAGAGAAACUCAGCCAACAGGAAGGACCCACGACGGCUCACCAUCAAGGGAAAGAAGAACAAGAGAAAGCUUGCUAAUCCAGAGGAAAGAAUCAAGAACAAGCUCGAAAGAGCCAAGAUCAAAGAAGCAUCGUUGAUUGAGAAACUGAAACGGUACGAAGUAGCUAAAGCGCAGGGACCUGAGGUUAGACCCCAUGAGAUCACCGGAGAAGAGCGUUUCUACCUGAAGAAGAUGGGUCAGAAAAGGUCUAACUACGUGCCGAUUGGGAGAAGAGGAGUGUUCGGUGGCGUGAUUCUAAACAUGCAUCUGCAUUGGAAGAAGCAUGAGGCCGGACAAGGCUAACCUCAGACGGGACAAGUGCAACAGUACGCAUCAGAUGAGCUUGCUGAACUGAGUGGUGGUGUGCCUGUUAACAUAGUCGGCGAUGAUACGAUCAUAUUUUAUAGAGGGAAAGGUUACGUUCAGCCUAAAGUUAUGUCUCCUAUCGAUACAUUGUCGAAGAAAAGGGCAUAUGAAAAAUCAAAGUACGAACAGUCUCUUGACUCGGUGAGACAUUUGAUAGCAGUUGCGGAGAAGGAGCUUGAACUAUACUAUAGGCAUGUUGCUCUUUACGAUGACCUGAGUAACAGAAAUCCUCUUUCGAUCUUGGAUUAUUCAUCGGGAUCAUGUGGUCACCACCUGAAUAAGCUUUAUAUGAGUUGUUCAGACACUGAAAGUGAGUCUGAAGAUGAAGAGCUAUGUAAAUUAGAUAAUAAUGGUUCUUCUUCUUCUCUGAAAGGAAGAGUUGUCUGA